AUGGUCAAACCGCCGUCGAUGCGCAACAAGAAGGCUAUCAAGUUCGGUCGCGCAAUCAGGUCUGCCGCCCGCUUUCCUGUACGGGUGUCGGGCGGUAGAGGCAGCGGCAGAAAUACCUUCUCCCCCGCCCAAGGCGAAGUGCCCGUCGUAUUGCUUCGCGUUCAGAUUUUGGGCUGUACGAAUCUCGUUGCAAAGGACAGGAAUGGAUAUAGUGAUCCAUUCGUCGUCGUGUCGCUUCUGCGGGACAGACAUCGAACCCCAGUCAUCAAGCGCUCGCUGAACCCCGUCUAUGCACCCAAGGAUGCCACGUUCGAUUUCCCCAUCUAUAUGUCGCUCGCGGAGAAACUCGGCGUCAUCGAAUUGGUCGUGUGGGAUAAAGACGUGAUAAAGAAGGACUACCUUGGUGAGGCAUGUAUCCCGCUGGAAGACUGGUUCCGGGACGGAAACGCGUUUUCUUUUGACGAUGCGAACAACAAGGCGAUAACUGCGCCCAUCGUAUCGACACGCACCUCCACUCAGGCGUCGGGGACGAUCCACCUUAAGCUGGGAUUCGUACCUGCUGCUAAGAGUGCACCGUUGAUGGAUUACGAUCAGUUGUACUCAGAGCUGAACAAGCGCUCGCGACCGAGCCUUGUCUCGGCGCCGCCUACGGCAGGGAUUGGAACGGUGCGCUCGCAGGAGGGCGGGCCGGCAUUUGAGGAUGAUGGGCUGACGUCCGACGAAGGCGAGUACAACAGCGAAGAUGACGAGGAAGACUCACCGGAAAAGUUCAUCACGACGCCGAUUGCGCAGCCGAUCCCUCGCACCGCUUCAAUGCCGAGCACACCGACGACGGCGAAACCUCUUUUGUCUGCGCCCGCAAUAGCAUACAGCCUGAGUAAGCCACCGUCGCCGCUACCGUCGUCAUUCAAUAUUCCUAAGAUCUUCCCGCGGCGCGCGUCUGGUGCGCGGUCGCCAUCGGUGGACUGGUCCAUGACUGGCUCCUCAUCACCCCGGGCGGUAACGCCGACGCCGACUGGAACUCCGACACCGACGCAGAAGACUAAGUUUCGGCGGUCGUGGAUAUCGAAGCGGAAGGAUUUCAACUUCUCCGCGGCGAAUGACAUCCUUGGGAUUGUUAUGCUGGAGAUCCAAAGCGCGAGGGACCUGCCACGCUUGAAGAAUAUGACGCGUACCGGGUAUGACAUGGAUCCGUUUGUAGUUGUAUCGUUUGGCAAGAAGGUUUUCCGGACGCGCGUCAUACGGCACUCGCUAAAUCCGGCAUGGGAUGAGAAGCUGUUAUUCCAUGUUCGGCGGUACGAGUCGGCGUUCAAGGUGCAACUCACCGUACUCGACUGGGACAAACUUUCUUCCAACGAUCAUGUUGGCGACGCGAGCUUUGACGUGGCGGAACUGAUCGCAAACGCGCCGCAGAAGGACGAGGCGACUGGUCUGUACCCCGCGAAUGAAGAUGGAUUGUCGCCCAUGAAGGAGUUCUGUCUGCCGCUCACGACAGCAAAGGAGGUACCAUGGGAGUCGAAGCAUGCGCCAGUGUUGAUAUUCCGCGCCAAAUAUCAACCGUACGACGCGCUCCGGCAACGAUUUUGGCGGCAGUAUCUCAAGCAGUAUGACACAGACGAUAUGGGCAUGCUCUCACAUGUCGAACUCACCUCUAUGCUUGACUCGCUAGGAUCCACGCUCUCGCAUGAAACCGUCAAUUCGUUCUUCACACGAUUCGGAAAGAAACCGCAUGAGGACGUCAUCACAGUUAAUCAGGCUAUCCAGAGUCUGGAGACCGAGCUUUGUCGACCCCGCAGUGAGAAGAAACGGAUUAACCCCGACGAGACUGGUAUUGAUACCAGUGCCCCCGUAACCCCUGCCAUUCAUUCAAACGCGGACAAACAAUUACUGCUCAACCUCGACCUUCUAGACUUUUCGGGCCCGCCAUUGGACUUAUCUGCCUACAUACGUGACUUGGAGCAUGAUCCUCUCCAGAAACCAAGCCCGCCUGCUUCCUAUCCAACGGAACCGAUGCAGCAGCCUCUUGCGGAUGUCGCAGCAUCGUCCAGCAGCAGUUCUGUGUCGGCGAACUUCAAUCAUCAAAUAUCCGGUUCCUAUUCUGACCCAGAGGAGUCCUCUGGUUCUGCGUCUGGCGGCUCCAGCUCAAGUUCAAACACAACUUCACCGAGUUCAACAUCCACGGAUGACCUCUUCGAGCGCGUUAUCAAUAUUAAGAAUUGUCCACUGUGUCACCGGCCCCGAUUGAACUCGAAAGCAGAGGUAGACAUCGUCACUCAUCUUGCGAUAUGUGCUAGCCAGGAUUGGGCGGCUGUAGACAGGAUCAUGGUCGGAAACUUUGUCACUGCAAGCCAAGCGCAACGCAAGUGGUACACGAGGGUGAUCUCGAAGGUGUCGAGCGGUAACUACAAGCUUGGCGCGAAUUCUGCAAAUAUCAUUGUGCAGGACAGGUUGACUGGACAACUGGAAGAAGAGAAGAUGCAAGUUUAUGUUCGACUAGGCAUCCGGCUAUUGUACAAGGGUUGGAAAAGUCGUAUGGAGGGUGCGCGAGCUCGCCGUCUUCUGCGGUCGAUGUCGAUUAAACAGGGCAUCAAAUACGAUUCUCUGGAGUCCGCUCUCUACAUCCCUACCUUCAUUGCUUUCCACCAUCUGAAUGUAGACGAAAUCUUGGAACCUCUCAGUUCUUUUAAGAAUUUCAAUGAGUUCUUCUACAGGAAGCUGAAGCCGACCGCUCGACCGACUGAAUGCCCUGACGACCCUUAUCGACUGGUCAGCAGUGCAGAUUGUCGCUUGAUGACAUUUGAAACUGUACAUGAGGCGACAUCGUUGUGGAUUAAAGGCCGUGACUUUACGGUUGCUCGCCUGCUAGGAGAGGCAUAUCGUUCCCAGGCCGACCGAUAUGUCCACGGUGCAUUGUGUAUCUUCCGUCUUGCCCCACAAGACUAUCAUCGUUUCCAUUCUCCGGUCGACGGGAUUAUCGGGCCCAUGACGUAUGUUGCUGGAGAAUAUUACACGGUUAAUCCUCAAGCCAUCCGUACCGCCCUUGAUGUUUAUGGUGAGAAUGCCCGCAAGAUAGUGCCGGUUGAUAGUCCACAAUUUGGCCGUGUCAUGAUUGUCUGCGUUGGUGCCAUGAUGGUUGGAACCAUCAAGACGACCGUCAAGGAGGGUGACCGGGUUGCCCGGGGUCAAGAGCUGGGCUAUUUUGCAUUUGGUGGAUCGACACUAGUUGUGCUAUUCGAGAAAGGCGUGGUGGAAUGGGACGAGGAUCUCUUGGACAAUGGCCGUGCCUGUUUGGAAACCCGAGUUCGUGUCGGGAUGGGCAUCGGACGCGGUCAGCGUGCACCUUCUCUCGGCUCAGAUAACAACACCCGCGCUGCUCCAUAA